UAUACACAAGUCAAUCAAUGAAAAGUGAACUCUUACUGGUUAUCCUGGAGGGUCUGUCGCGUUUAAAGAUUUGCGAAAAUUCUGGCUCAUUUCUGUUUGUUUUUGUGGUUUAGAUCAUGCGGAUCUAUUAUAUUUCCCGUAUUAUGUAAAUUUUGUGAUUUUAAAUGUACCAGACAGACUGAAAUUGUGAAAACCGUUGUGAAAUUUAAUGGAUAAGCCCGAGUAAAGUAGAAAAUGUUGAUUCUAUAAGUAGACUACUGACCAGCAGUUAAAAAAGAAAGAGAAAAAAACAAUCUGCAUACAUCUAUCUCACAGUGUUUGGAGAGCUGAACAGUUAUAAUAUUCCACAUCUGUUUUGACGCAUCUUCCAUUAAGCUGUUGCUAUGGCAGAAAAAGCAAAAUCUUUGAAAGAGGAGCAGAUGCACCCUUACUGGCCGCGGGAACUGGUGAUUCCUGGAUACAAGCCAAAUGACCUGUCAAUGCAUGAGAUUCUGGCUGGUCUUUUUUUGAUGGCUGGUGGUCUAAUUUUGAUGUCAUGGUUUGUAUCGAGCCACUGUCAGAAAUUUAGUACUGCAAGAAAACUGGUCCUUUGCUGGUUUACUGUGUGUGGCUUCAUUCAUGGGGUCAUUGAAGGAUGGUUCAGCCUAUUCUACCAAAUCAUCCCAACUGACCAGAGCAUCUUGUCACAGCUAUGGAAAGAGUACUCAAAAGGAGACAGCAGAUAUGUCAUAGCUGAUAACUUCACAGUGUGCAUGGAGACGAUCACAGCUUUGGCAUGGGGCCCCCUGAGUAUAUGGACAGUUUUUGCUUUUCUUGGAAAUAAACCUUAUCGUUUUAUUCUCCAGCUCAUUGUUUCAUUGGGGCAGCUGUAUGGAGAUGUUUUGUAUUUUUAUACAGAAUACAGAGAUGGAUUUUCCCAUAGUGAUGUGGGGCACCCAAUUUAUUUUUGGUUCUACUUCAUCUUUAUGAACUCCCUUUGGAUUAUUAUUCCAUUGUUGCUUAUCUUUGAUGCCUGGAACCAGUUAAAUAUGGCACAGAAGAAAGCUGACAAUAGAAGUGGGUCAUUGCAGCGCAGCAAAGGGGAAUAGAGAGUGGGAGCAGCAUGUUCUUGAAUUUCAUGGUAUUUGAGUUCAAAAUCUUCAAGUAAGAAAAGUAGCCUACACUUGUGGUGAAACAAAGAUUUUUACAAAGAAAUUGGUAAAUUUUAGAUUUACUGUAUCUAGGAGAAAUGUCUGCUAUCUCUAGAUUAUCAGUUGCCCUGUCUCCUUAUGAAAUGAUACAAAAGUGGUAAUUAAAAAAAAUAUAUACAAAGUUGUUAAUUAAAUUCUCAAAAGAUAAUUAUUGAAUAUUGGUUUUUAAUAAUAGUUUAAAUAUUACAUGGAAAGAAACAAAUGCUUUUAUCUAGCUGUCAUCUUUCUUGUAUUAUAGUUUUAACUGUCUUGGUGCUCUAAGGAGUACAUAUAUUACAUAUAAUUCUCUUUUGGCACUGAAAAUUUUAAUUAAUAAAGAAGAAAAUAAAAUAGUAAUUGAAAAUAUUUGUGCUGUGCCAUACCUGUCAAUACUCUGUUUUACCUGCUCAUUUUCAUUGAUGUUUCUUUGCACAUAUUGUAUGUUUUAUUAUUAUAUUUUUUUCUAAAUUACAUAAAUUACAUUUUCACUUAUGUAAAUAAACAUGUAAAUGUCUUUUAAUUCUUGAUUAGUGAUUUGUUCAUGCCAUUCAAUGUUUAUGCUAUAAUGUUUUUAGUUAUGAAUGAACUGAACUAAAGUCUGAAAAGAGUAAUAAAAAAUAAAACUUUGAAAGGUCCUGAUUGUCCAAAUCUCACCUUCCCAUUGCUAUAACAAGCAAACAUGAGUAUGGGUUUCAUAAAUGUUUUUACCAUUGCAUGUAUGUUAUAGCAAGUAUACCUGUGUCAGUGAAGUUUUGGUUCUUGUUAUUCUGUUAAUCACUGGAUAAAAUCAUAAUGUUCCUGAUAUAUGAUACAAAUCUAAGACAAAGGUCAAAAUAUGAUGUAGAUGCUUUCCACAGAAUCUCAUAAUAAUUCACUUGAGGAACUCAGUUGUUGCCAACUAUUAUUUUUUUUUUUUUUUUACAAAAUAUGAUCAAGUUUAGAAAAAGUACAUGUCACCUUUCAAAAAAAAAUAUAAACAAUCCGGCUCUUCAGAUAAAAUUACAGUCAAUCCUCAACAUUCACACGUUUAACAUUUGCAACUUUAAGCAUGAAUUUAAUUAGUGACCUCAUUUUCACUUUUGUGCUGGCGACCACACAUUCACAGGAUUUGCUACCAUGCACAGUAGAGAAAAAAAUGAUAGAAGCGAUGCACACAAGUUUUCGGAGUGGCUAGUAUCCUACUUGACACUUCACCAGUCUUGCUAACCUUACCAUUGUAGAGUAAAGAGCUACCGAUACAUUUGUUGUAUGUUUUUAUUGUUUUGCCUAAAAAAAUAUAGGUUUUGUGUGCAAUUAUGCCCCCAAAGCAUAGUGUAAGUCCUUCAGGCUCUCAGCCCAAUUAUGCAAAAUUAAUGAUGCAGCCAUUGCACUCCAGGGGCCUCAUGUAUAAACGGUGCGUACGCACAGAAAUGUUGCGUAAG